AUGGCUUCCGCCUGGUGCUGGAGCUGCCUCUCGAGGCUGCGCCCGACUCCGCGAGCAGUCCUCAAUCCGCCGUCCGCCAUUCCCCGGUUAACGAGUGCUCCCUUCCACUCGUCUGCCGUGCAAUAUGCUCCGCCGCUCAAGAAGAAGUCGAACAGCAUGACCCAAUUGAAGUACCGACAAGGCCAGACUCUGCGGAGGAAGAAGAAGAAGCACGUUGAGAAGGCGCGUCCUCCGGCUCCCGGCGAGCGCAAGGCGCUGCGGAAACGCAUUGUCUUGAGUAACCCAAAUGCUUUGGAGGUUGAUGGUAUGCAGGAACUUUCGGCUGAGACUAUGAUUGAUGCCCGACUUCGCGGUUCCGUGCUCGGUCUGCCUGUCCCCAUGCUGGACCAGUUGAGGGCUGUGCAGGCUUUCAAGCCAAAGCAGGGUUGGUCUAUAUUCCGUCGCCCUGGUACGAUUAUGCGUCGCGAUACUCUUGAGAUGGGUCGGGCAUUCGACAAGAUCACUGGUGGUGAUGCUCCCGAGAAGGGCAAGGUUAUCAAGAAGGUCCUUACUGGUAUGAAGGGCUCUGGAAAGACUGUACACCUGCUGCAGGCUAUGGCUAUGGGUUUCCUGAAGAAGUGGGUUGUCAUUACCAUUCCCGAAGCCCGCGAUCUUGUCUCUGGUGACACCGCCUAUGUCCCCGUCGAGGGCACCAAGCCCACCCAAUACAUCCAGCCCGGUGCUACGUCCGAUCUCCUGAAGCGCACCGUUGAGGCCAACCGCGAAGUUCUGUCAGGCCUUAAGGUCUCUCAGAAGCACGCCGGACUCAGCGGCCUCAAGCCCACCUCGACCCUCGAAGAUCUGGCCAAGCUUGGCUUCCAGGACCCUGCCGUCGCCUGGCCCGUUUUCCAGGCCCUCUGGACCGAAUUGACCGCCACCGCUGCCGCCCCUGGCAUGGAGAAGGACUUCCAGCCUCGUCCCCCGAUGCUCGUGGCCCUCGACGGCCUGGCCCACUGGAUGCAGGACAGCGCCUACCGCGACAUCGACUUCAAGCUCAUCCAUGCCCACGAUCUUGUCUUCGUGAAGCACUUCCUUUCUCUCCUGAGAGAAGGCCAGGCUUCCAUGAAGAACGGUGGCAUGGUCCUGUACUCUACUUCCACUUCCAACAACCCCAGUAUCUAUGCUCUCGAAGUUGGUCUUGACCAGCUGGCCGCCCGCCAAGCCGGUAUCAGCCCUACCUCCGCCGACUACCCCUCGGCCGAGGCCUACAGCAACGCGGACCCCCGUGUUCUGGAAUUUUUCAAGCCCAUUGAGGGCAAGGAACCCCAGAUGGAGCUGCAGACUCUGGGCGGUCUGACCCGCGAGGAGACCCGCGGUUACCUGGAGUACUUUGCCCGCAGCGGUCUGCUGCGUGAGCCCGUCAAUGACCACUGGGUUGGUGAGAAAUGGAGCAUGUCUGGUGGUGGUAUUAUUGGCGAGCUGGAGAAGCUGGGUCGUCACGUUCGGAACACUGCAAUUCCUACUCCCCAGACGAACUGA